AUGAAUUAUCUUGUUGACGGUGACGCGUUCCUUAAGUUAACUAAAAAAAGAUAUUAUAGAAUGCAAUGUGCCUCUUGGACUAGUCGUAAAAAUUGUGGGGUUGAACAAGGACAGACAUUUCAAAAUCCACCGAGCUGGUGUCGGUUCUUAUGGACAAUUUCAAAGAAUGAUGGUUUACCGCAAGCAGGCACUUUUGAUAAACAAAGAGAUUCCUUCAACCUAAAUCAGCUCCAUAUCGACCUAUUUCGAAAUACUGAAAACAAAAAUAAGAAGGUUGACACGGAACUCGGUGCACCUGCACCGGAUUUCAUCUGGUCUAAAUUUCGUGAUGUUAGUCCAAAUCAAGUUACAUGA